AUGAAGAUCUCUGCUGCUAUUUCUACUGCCCUCCUGGCCGUUAGUGCCGCUGCGUUCGACAAGAACCAACCCUGGGGCAAGCGCGACUACAACUGUGUCAACGUCUUCCAAGGCAUCCCCGACAACUCGACCGUCGCUCCCGGCGCUGAGAUCAACAUCAAGUUCAACCGCAACUCCAAGAACUGCGAGUCUCUGACCCAGUAUAAGGGAGCGGGUUAUUCUAUCUAUCUCUACAACAACCCUGUUAGAAACCUUGACACUAUCCAUUUCGACAAAGAACUUUUCAUCAAGAAGGAUAUCCCUGAGCAGGACGGUGCUGUCACGAUCACCAUCCCGUCUCAGGAGCAGCUCGGCACCGUUGCGGACGACAGCGUUUGGUAUCUCCGUCUCUCUACUAGCUUGAACGAUGCUCCCCAGAUGCCUACUCUUUUCAAUGCUGCUGGACCCUUCGCUAUUCGUGCUUAA